UCAUUGGUUUCGUUGCUGUAACUAGUGCAGUGUAUUUGGUGUGAGUAUUCGGUCUAUGGUUACUUUGAAUUAUUUUUUCGUUGUAAAAAACUAAGACGUGUUUAUAUUAUUGUAACGUACGUGCAUAUCACAACGCAAUUUUUUGUACACCCGUAAUAUGUAAGCGCAAAGCCCCGCACGAAAGAUUUAUCAUUAUAUUUGGUAUGAGCUCAAGUAUAGUCUUUGCUAAUAGUGUGCAAUAUACUUAUCGCGCAACAACUAUACUGUACCUAGGUACUUAUAUUUUCGGCCAAAAGCUUACCUAAUCAUUUUUAUUUGUACAAUUGUACCAGCUCUAUUAUUAAUGGUCGAUCUAUUGUUUACGAACGUAUUCGUAUUCUUAUAUUUAUUAUUAUUGUUCAAUAUAUUAUAGGUAAAGACAGCUGCCCAGUCCACAAACCAUAAAAUUCAUCGCAUGCACAGUUUUUAGUCUUAAGUCUUCAAAUUACCUACUGGAAUUAGUAUACAAUUGGCAAUGCAAAAUACAAAAAAAAUACCAGAACCCAUUAGAUGUGAACCAGCAAAAUACGAGUAUAAGAAAUCGUGUUAUGCGGAGAUAUAUCGAGUACUACAAUCCUUCCUAAAAAUGUAUGUUUUUAGAGAUGAGAUUUAUUGUGAUUUUCAACUAGAAACAAAUGAUGGCAAAAUUAUAAAUGGUCAUAAAGUGGUUUUAGCAUCGGCUAGUCCAUAUUUCCAUGCAAUGUUUACAAAUUGUGACGAAAAAAAUCAAUAUCUUGUUAUUAUGAAACAGUUAGAUUCAACAGCCUUACAGCUGUUAGUAAACUUUAUUUAUACCGGGGAAAUUACGGUUACUGAAAACAAUUUACAUGUUUUGUUACCAGCUUCAAAUCUUUUGCAGUUACAAGAAGUAAAAGAGGCGUGUUGUGAUUUUUUACAGGCACAAAUGUGCCCUAAGAACUGCAUUGGUAUAAAUGCAUUAGCUGAUUUACAUAGCUGUAAGAAAUUGUUAACAAGUUCAGAAUUAUAUAUUCAACAGCACUUUUUAGACGUGGCAGAAGGAAACGAAUUCCUAUACCUAUCAACCGGACAAAUGGUUAAGUUGAUCGCCAGUGAUGGAGUGAAAGUUCCAUCUGAAGAAAAAAUAUUUGAAAGUGUAAUUCGAUGGGUAAAACAUGAUUUGGGUUCCAGAAAAUGUAUUUUGCCCCAAUUAAUGGAACAUGUACGUUUACCAUUAACAUCCAAAGAUUACAUAUUGAAAAAAGUAGUUGAGGAACCUCUUCUUGACGAUUGCAAAGAUUACGUAAUUGAAGCAUUACAUUUUCAUUUACUUGAGUCAGAUAAGCUCAUCACAAUUCCACAUAACAUCCGGACUAAAGCUAGACAGCCCGGUGGUAUCGAUAAAGUUAUUUUUGUGGUUGGUGGUGAAGGACAUAAUGUAAUUAGCAGUACAGAAUGGUACGACCCAAAUAUAAAUCAAUGGCAUUUUGGACCAAAAUUGAUUACACCACGUAGUGGUGGUGGUCUAGCUGUAGUAAAAGAUAAUUUUGUGUUAUAUUUGGGUGGCAUAAUAAAUAGUCGGUCUGUUGAUGUGCUAGAUUUAUCAUCAGAAUCACCUAGCUGGGAACCAACCGUUGAAAUGCUAGUAAAUAGAUUUAACUUAGGAGUUGGUGUAAUAAAUAAUUAUGUAUAUGCCGUUGGCGGUGAUGACGGUAAUAGUUAUUCAAAUAGUGUAGAAAUGUUUGACUGCAAAACUCAAGAGUGGAGUAUAGUAACUAAUAUGUCUACUGGAAGAAUUGGAGCUGGGAUUGGCGUACUGAACGAUAUUUUAUAUGUGGUAGGAGGUUACUAUUCUGGGCAGAUGCUAAAUUCUGUUGAAAGUUAUCAUCCCACUCUGGAUAAAUGGAUAUCAGUCCCGGAAAUGUGUUUGAGUCGCUGUGAUUUGGGUGUCGGAGUUUUAAAUGGUUUACUGUAUGCUGUAGGCGGCCAUGAUGGAUUGCAAGUUCUCAGGAGUGUUGAAACAUUCCAACCAAACACAGGAGUUUGGUCUACAAUUCCGGAUAUGCAUUUGUGUCGACAAUAUCCAGGAGUAGCUGUGUUGGAUGGGUUGUUGUACGCCGUCGGUGGAGAUGACGGAACUUCCGCUUUGGAUUCUGUAGAAUUUUACAACCCCAACAAUAAUACCUGGACCAUGGUUACAGCGCCAAUGAAUGUUGCACGAACUUGUUUAGGAGUAGUAGCCAUUGAUAGGCCACUACAUUUUAAAGCUUAGCAGUUCGCAUUCAUGAUUAUAUAUGAUAGCUAUAAAUUAUAAUAUACAUUAAGACAUCGUUAAGACGCUACCAUUUAAUACGGCAUCCCGCUUAAUACGUGGAUUCUUUCCGGUCAUUAGUAUUAUUAAAUGAAACAUUGUUAACAAGCUCCCGCUUAAUACAUAAUAUUACAGAAUCCGCUGUCUUUCCCGACCACUCAUAUCUUAUAACCAAAAUUCCACUUACUACGUAAAUAAAAAUGCCGUUGAAUUGUUUAUCUUAUCUUCAUUUUACACAAACCUUUAUGUACUUGGCCCGGUAAUAUUAUGUGUUCUGGCACGGCGCACCCGUAAACCUAUUACCUAAUUAAUGUUAUGGAUUCAUAAAGGUAUUGGACGGUAUUUUAUAACUAGAGCCCGGAACUUGAUGACCUAAAAAUCUUUAAAAAUUGCACACAAAAAAAAAUGUUAAAAUGACUUAUGUAUAUUAAAAAAAGACUUAAAAAAUUACCACAAAAGACGAAGGACUUUAUUUAAGGUACGUGCCUCAGUUUAAAAGGGUGGUGGGUGUCCUGGAGACUAGAGGUAUUGCACAUAUUAUAAUAAUUUAUUAAGUGUGUACUAAGACUAAGCCAAUCUUUCCCGGUUACCAUUUACAUAAAUACGUAAUUACUUAUAUGAAUUUAUAAUAUUUUAUUACUUAUAUAAAUUAUUGUGCUUCAUAAGUUAAUGAAGUUCGCCACGCCACUAAUUCAUGGCAUAGUUUACAUGACGUUUGUAUUGUGUUACUAGUCAUUUGUAAAAUGUUUUAAACGUGUAACAGGUUGGAUCCUGCAUAACUGCACGUUUCAAGAGCGUAUUAGGCGGGAUACCACAUAUCACACCAUCCCGUAUAAUACGCGGUUUUAUUGUAUACUAAUAUUACAUUCUUAAAUUGUAUGAUAAUUUUUCUUUUAGUUUUUUUUUUCAUUGUACAGUUUUUGUUGUUUUAUUAUAAUUGCCCACAUAACAGUAUUUUAUUAAGAUACUAGCUGAUUCCGAACACUUCGUAACCCGUUAAAUGUACAAACUGUAUGUGACUCAAACUUUGUUCAAUGCGUUAUUUAAUAUUCGGUGUAUGAUGUUCUAGAUUUAUCUUAACUUUUCAGUUGCCCGGAAUAAAAAUUCUGAUUCGCAGCAGUAUAAUAUCAGGUAGGCAAUCUACCUGCGGUAGAUCGCGGACCCCAUGCGUUUUGUACGUAAGUGUAUGACUUGACUCUAAAGUAUAAAAAUUGUACCAAGUUUGUCAUUUUUACUUAAUUCCACCCACGGAGGAUUAAUAUAAUCAACUAAUACGAAAGCCUAACGCAACCGUACUAAAAUCCGAUGAAUAAAAAAAAAAAAAAACAAAUCUAACACUUUUUAAAUUAGCCUAUAUUCUUCCCAGAGGUCUGAUCUACACACAACCAUUCAUUUUUAUCUAUACUAACAACUCUCAGCAUAGUGUAUGAUUUAACUCUUAAGUAUCAAAGUUAUACUAAGUUUGUCGUUUUUACUUAAUUCUAUCUACGGUGGAUUAAUAUAAUCAAUUAAUACAAAAUCCUAACCUAACCUCACCGUACUAAAAUCCGAUGAAUAAAAUAAAACCAAAUUUAACCCUUUUUAAAUUAGUCUAUCUUCUUCCCAGAGGUCUUAUCUACACACAAACAUUCAUAGACAAAAAAUAAUAAUACGAAUCAAGGGCAACGAAGUUCCCAGGGUCAGCUAGUAUAUAUAUAUAUAUAUUAAUAAAAAAUAAUAACAAAAAUCAACAAACAUGCCCGA